GAACGUGUCUGUCACUGGCGCGGCCGCAUGACACAGCGAGCAACAUUGCAGAUCUCUAUGCAUGUUCUCUGUGCGGCGAUAAGUUUUUUUCUUAUUUUUUUUUUUUCCUUUUCUGUUUGUGUUCUUAUUCCCGUCGCUCGAUUUUCUAGAACGAAGGACGGGGGAUUAGAAGGAGCCAAUAAACGGAGAGCACCAUUGUGGUUGAUUUCUCGCUACUUCGCUCCACUAAAAUGACUCGAAAACUGGCUCACGUCACGACGGGAAUCCAAGACGUUGACCUUGUUAUUGAAGCCAAAACGAAGGGAUGGCAAAUGCUUCUUGACAUUGCGCUUGCAGUAGGGAUGCAGCAGACUUUUCACACCCUCUGGUUCGGAGUCCAGUACGUGAACAAGAAAGGUCAACGGAAAUGGAUUAAGGAUAAUCGUUACGUACUUGAUCACCGUCUGGACACGCGGAAAAAGCCUCUGCAGUUUUCCCUGAGAGUCAAGGUUUUUCCCAAGAAUUUCUCCGUGAUUGAUGAUGAUAUUGCACAGGUCCUAAUCUAUAAGCAGCUACGAGAGCACAUUGAGCAAGAAGAACUAAACUGUCUACCGGAUAAGGCCCAGGAUCUCGCUAAACUGGCUGAGGAGGAUAAAAUUCAAGAAUACAUGAAGACAGCUCAAGGUCUCGAGCAAUACGGGAAAAAGUAUUUUAAGUUGACCUCGGAAACUGGCGCACGUGUUGACAUCACUUUAAGUCAUUCGGGAAUCACGGUUAACUGCAGAAACGAGAGCUUCACCAUCCCCUUCAAUAAGCUCCAAGACGUGAAAGCCGCCAAUAAGAGAACGGUCUGCAUCACCCAAACAGGGCGCGCGUCGAAACCGUUAAAAUACAAGAGCGAAACACCCAGGUACUGCAAAGAGGUAGUUGAGGCGGCAAUCAGCUAUUUGGAGGUGUUCAGAGAGACGGGUAAUGGUGAUGAGGAGUCUGUUUCGAAGGAGGAUGAGGUGGUGUGUGCCCCUGAUAGUGUGGCUGAUGGUGAGGCGAUGGUGAAGGAGAACUCACCUCAAGGUCAGGACGGAGGGGAUGUGGCAGUGAAAGACGGCAGUACGCCAUCAGAUGACCCCGUGGAUGACGCUGAAAAGGAGAAAGAAAAAUAAGAUGGUAACAUUGAAACCGAGAGGAUGGCAAAUAAUUAUAUUACAUAGCAUAUAAGAAAUCUUUAACCGGAUUUGAAAUUUUAUAUCAUUUGACUGACAGACUUCAGGAGCAUUAUAUGAGGCUAAAAAGACAGUGAACUGAACACAACGCAAGUUACCACGACCCAUUAGAAUUAAAGAAAAUAUGAUGAUCAUAUGGCUCAAAAAGGGGAAAAAAUCAAGCUUUUUGUAUGAGUUUAUUACCAUUGUUAGAAAAAUAAAUAUUAUGUCGGUCAAACCUUAAUCUGGUCCUUUGUUAGGAAAAUUAUUAUCAACGAAAUAAUCAUCUAAAUACUCACCUCAUAAGAUUCUACUAAUAUAAAUUUUAGGAAAUUUGGCUCUAAACUAAAUGAAUGUACAUGUGAAAUGUUAUUGCAAAUAAAAGGAAAGACUAUCAA